AAAAUCACAUAACAUCGUAUAAUGGUGAACGAGUAUUGUCUCAACCUUGAGCUAACUUCUCAGUUCUUAAUAGUACUCAAUAGUAUAUUAUAAGAUGAACGGUAAAAUGAAUUCUAAGUUAUUAGAAAUAUAAUUGAAUGAAUUACUUUAGAACAUAUAAAUUAACAAUAUUUAUAUAUUAUUAUAUGUGUUUGUUAUAUUUUUAAGAAACUAAAACUUAAUCAGUAUACAAAAUGGCUUUACCUCCGAACUAUAAGCAAGUAGCUAUGGCUACGUCAAAUAUCGUUGCAUCUAAUCAACGACUUAGAGCAUCAGGUGGAAGUAGUAGUAGUUCAACUAAUACUAAAGAUGCACAAAGUCCAUUUAUUCAAACACCUCAUAGUCAUCCAGGAUUUAUACCUCAAAAAGUUGGGAAAAAUACAAACGCUGAUUCUCGUAUGCCCAAACCACCUAAACCACCAGAGAAACCUCUUAUGCCUUAUAUGAGAUAUAGCAGAAAAGUUUGGGAUCAAGUAAAAGCUCAAAAUCCAGAAUUAAAAUUAUGGGAAAUAGGAAAAAUUAUUGGACAAAUGUGGAGAGAUUUACCAGAGGAAGAUAAAACAGAAUUUAUUGAAGAAUAUGAAGCAGAAAAGGUUGAAUAUGAAAAAAGUUUAAAAACUUAUCACAAUUCACCUGCAUAUUUAGCUUAUAUUGCAGCUAAAAAUAGAGGAAAAUCUGCAUUAUGCGCCGCACAACAAAAUAAUGAUGAACGAGAAAGUCAUGAACGUUCAUCUGGCAGUACCAAAGGACAAGCAGCUCAAGAUAGAAGAAUAGAUAUUUUACCUGCAGAAGAUGAUGAUGAUCAAGAUGAUGGAUAUUCUGUAAAACACGUUGCGUAUUCUCGAUAUACUCGAAAUCAUCGUCUUAUUAAUGAGAUAUUUAGUGAUACUGUAGUUCCUGAUGUUCGCUCUGUUGUCACUACACAACGAAUGCAAGUACUACGUCGUCAAGUACAAUCCUUAACAAUGCAUCAGAAAAAACUUGAAGCAGAAUUGCAACAAAUAGAAGAAAAAUUUGAAGCAAAAAAACGUAAAUUUAUUGAGACAAGUGAAAUAUUUCAAGAAGAAUUAAAAAAACAUUGUAAACCAGCUGUAGAUGAAGAAACAUUUAAUAAAAUGGUGGAACGACAGUAUGAAGCACUUAGACGAGAUAAAUUAAGAGGUGCAGAAGAAAAUCGUUCAGAUGGACCUCCUUCAAGUGAAUCAACUCCAAAUUCUACUCCUACUCCAACUCCUGCCCCUACUAAUGAUGAAACUCCAUCUGAUGUUCCUGAUAAUGAUGCAAUAGAUAAAAAGACAAAUGGAUCUGAAAAACCUAAUAAUGAAAUUAAAAAAGAAACAUCUUCACCACCAUAUAUUGAAAAUAAAUCAGAAUCCUCAUCAACUCAAGGAAAUUCUAAUCAACAUACAUCUAAUUCUGGAAUGUAUUGUGGGACUAUUAGUCCAAUACAGCAACAACAACAACAACAACAAACACCGCCGCCGCCGCCAUCAUCACAACAACAACAACAAUCUUCUUCACAAUCACAACCGCAACAACAACCACCAUCAACACAACAUCAACAAUCAUCAUCUCAAUCACAUCAACAGCAGCAACAACAGCCAUCAACUCAACAGUCACAACCAUCUUUACAACCACAACAACCUACUACAACAGCAGUUGCUGGUGUAGCAGUAACUGCUAAUACAAACACACCUACAAAUGCAAAUGCAUCUGCAAAUACACCGACUAUGCCUCCUGUUUCUUCACCAGCUCCUCCUAUGCAACAUAAUCCUCAUCAACAAGCAAUGUUAGCUAAUCAUUCAAUAUCAUCUCAUCAAGGAACACAAGGAACACAAGGAACUCAGGUGCUUGCACCUCAAGGACCAGUUUCUAAUCCACAUACUCCUCAGAUGAUUCCACUAAAUCAAGGCUAUAGCCAACAAUAUCAACCAGGACCUACUCAGCAGGCUCAAAAUGUUCCAUUAGCUCCAAGACCUCCUCAUCCUUCUUAUGCUUAUUCUCAACAACAACCAUAUCAUCAACCAUAUCCUCAAUAUGCACAUCCAUAUUAUCAUCAACCAUAUUCACAAUAUUCACCACAUACCACAGGUCGUCCUCAUACCCAUGGUCCUCAUAGUCCACAUAGUCCUCAUUAUCAUCCACAAUCUCCUCAUGCUGUUGGAGAAAAUAAUGCUACUAAUAACAGUGUACCGGGUUCAAGUACAGCUUCUGCACCAACUUCUGUACCAACAUCUGAUGCUAAUAAUUCAUCAUAUUCUUUAGCAUCAGGACAUUGUGAAAGUGAACGUUCUGUUUCUUCAGAAAAUCAAGAAGGUCAGACAGAUAUUAAAUCAGGAUCUGGUUAAGUAUUUUUUAUAACUACAUACAUUCAUUUAUAGACUUCUAUUGAUUUUAUGUGAAUCAUAAAAUACAUUUAAAUAAUAUUGAUGCAUUUAAAUAGU